GUUUUACCUUUAGCGCACCUCAUUUUAUCAGCGCGCGACGAGGUGUGACAACCCACAGGCUAUUAGUCCACGCUCGAACAAACACUGCAGACGAUAUUUUUCAACAUGAAUUAAGAGCGCAUGCGUACUUCGACUUCCGGAGUAUAUGUUUUCAAAGACUUAACCGUUUUGCCUGCUGGAUAUAGGCUAAAACAAAAGAUUAAUCGCUUCACACGUUUGGACAAACGGUUGCUAGGCAGGGUGAAGAGACUGGGCAUUGGUUGCUACGAAGACAGUUGCUGGUGAUUGUUACCGCAGCCACCAUGACGGAGACCGCCAAGGAGACGGAAGAUCCUAACUUCCAGGGAGGCGUCAUGAGCCCCAACUCGAAACGAAAUUUCUCAGAGAUGCGACACAUCACACCCGUGUUCGUGAAGCAGAAGAUAGUUCUGGACGAGGACCAGUUUGAGCAUUCCUUCCUGCGCUGUCUCGUCUGCCAGGACCGCUACAACAUGACUGACAGGUUGCCCCGCCUCCUGCCCUGUCACCACGCCUUCUGCACCAAAUGCGUCACUUCAUUCUACCGCAAGGAGGCGGAGUAUCGGAACAGCAUGGCUGUCGUGCCUUCCAGCAACAUGACCUUUGCAGUGUCAGUCACGUGUCCUAACUGCAAGGCGAACUUCAUCACGACUGAGGAUGGAAUAAGACAAUUGACAACGGAUCAUAGAAUCGUCCAGUUGUUGGAUUUCGUUGGAACCACAGACAAACAGACGGUCACUUAUUGCAGUUCACACGCGAUGCAAGCGGUGAACUUUUUCUGCGAGAAAUGUGGCGUGCCGAUCUGUAAAGACUGUACUGUCUUGGACCAUAAGUCGUGUUCUAAGGAACAAUUUGUCAUAGAUAUAACAACCGCUAAACAGAAGUACUUGCCUGUUAUUGAAGAAGGUAAGAACAAUUUUGCAGGGGAGGUCAAAGCGCUAGAGGAACGGAAGAAAGAAUGUGAAACUAUGCUCGAAUCAUGCAAUCAAGGCGAUGACACUCUGGCAAGGCAGAUCAAAGACGUGUUCAAGAAGAUUAGAAAGGCACUGGAUGACAGAGAACAAGAACUUCUGGAAAUGGCUAAAGCUGGUCAAGAAAACAGCUUUGAAAACGUGGACGAGAAGAUCAAAUCACUUGGGGCUAAAUCAAACGAGGUUAAAGAGAUAUUAGCAGAAAUAGAAAAGGCGUCCAAAACCGACAACGUUCCGGCAUUAUACAAAGUCUUUAGGCAAAUCCGAGCAUAUAACACGGAGCCGGGAUUAGAAAAAUCUGAUUCAAGCAAAAAGGACGAGACGGCGUCCACGUUCAACGCACGAGACGAAUCACUGCUCAUCAGCAGGAUAGCCAAUUUUGGUGACAUUCAGACGCGACAAUCGAAUGGCUACAGUUCAAGCACGUAUACUGGGAGCAGCUAUACGGCCGGAGGUAGCUACACCGGUGGCUCAAGGUACGGCAACUACACCGGAAGUACUUACACAAGCCGCUACACGCCAUCUACCACUAGGUCGUAUAAGUAUUAAAUACCAGUAAUGUGAAAUAAGGUAUCAGACUUUUAUUUACAGUUUAAAUAUAUUACAUACUAUUCCACAUGCAACUAGCUAACAAUACUUGGUGUUGUGAUUGAUAUAGUAUGCAUCAAUAUACGUACUCCUUGCUUACCGCUCUGGUUGUUUGAUUAAUGAAAUGUAACUUAAUCACGCAUCUCAACAACAUUUCUCUUGCCUUAGAUCAAAUAUUAACGAAUGGACACUGUUUGCAUUGUCUUGUUGUAUAACGAUAAAUCAAAUUUAUCAAUAAUACAUUUUAUUACCUAUUUCGCCAAAGUAUUCAUUUGUUUUAUGCUUAAUUAUUUUUUAUUGUCCACGGCUCGUCUAAUAUUAAAUAGUGGAAAACAACUCGUUAUAUCGCUGAUAUAUCCUUUUUUUGCAAGGUAAGUUUCUUUUAGACAAAAUAAUAGUAUAUAUUGUUAUGCUUUCAACUUAAAUAUUACAUAUUUAUUACGUGCAUAACUUUGUUCGUUUCUUAUUCAUACUAUCGUUAUAUUGCAUGAUUAAAAUGUCAUAAUGUGUAUUAAACAGCAUAAAUUCUUAAAUGUUUAACUGACAAUUUACAUUAAUCUUAUAAAUAAAAUGCUAUCAUUGUUUUGAAUUAAUAUAUAUGUUGUUAGUAUUUAGAAUUGUUGUGAACAAAUAACUUUUACUUUGCUGUAUAUUACUUGAUAUGCAAAUCAUUAUUAUGCAAUCCAAAUAGCUUCAAUAAAUUUGUUAUUUUAUAUGAA